AUGGGUCUCACAAUCCACACCGUCGGAACCUCCACCCUCCACCGUCAGGCCGAACGCGCCGUGAUUAAUCUCGAUGUUUCCAGCGAAGGAGACAACCAGUCUACGGUGUCUCAAGACGUGACUCGCACUUCCAACCGCCUUCAAUCCCUCCUAAAAGAGAUCGCACCGAAGCAAGCAUCCGGCGACCCCACCCCCGAAGCCCCCGUUACGUUCUGGAGCAUGAGCUCCAUCAGCACCGGUAGCUAUCUCCCCUGGGACCACGACAGGCGCGAACACAGAGCACGGGUCUACACCGCCCGCACCAACUUCGAGGUCAAGUUCCGGGACUUCAGCAAACUGGGCGAGUUCGUGUCAGACGUGGCGAAGGACGCCCUGGUUUCGGUGCGGGACGUCGACUGGCAGUUGACGGACGAUACAAAGCAGCAGCUGGGACAGGAGUGCAGGAAACUCGCGGUCUGGGACGCGCUCGCCAAGGCCAAGGAUUACGCUGGUGCGCUGAACAUGAGUACUCUUCGACCCGUUGAGAUCGACGAUUCUCAGGGACACGCUUCGCCAAUGAUGUUUGCUUCCGCUCGGAGAGCACCUGCAUUUGCGGAGUCGGGGGGUGAGCAGGCCUUGAGUUUUGUGCCGGAGAGUUGUGAGAUUGAAUGCUCUGUGAAGAUGCGCUUGGAGGUGGAGUAG